GUGACGCAUGAAGGGCGGGGUCGGCUCUGCGCCGGAAGUGGCUCGUAAAUCGUAAAUAAGUCUCAAAAGGCGAGAGUGGCGCUGUCUCCAUUUUGUUGGCUUCUGCCUCUCCUGCGACGUUUUGGAGAUGGGGAGUGUUUUGGGCCUGUGCUCCAUGGCGAGCUGGAUACCAUGUUUGUGCGGCAGUGCCCCGUGUUUGCUGUGCCGAUGCUGUCCUAGUGGAAACAACUCCACUGUGACUAGGUUGAUCUAUGCACUUUUCUUGCUUGUUGGAGUGUGUGUAGCUUGUGUAAUGUUAAUACCAGGAAUGGAAGAACAGCUGAAUAAGAUUCCUGGAUUUUGUGAGAAUGAGAAAGGUGUCGUCCCUUGUAACAUUCUUGUUGGCUACAAAGCUGUAUACCGUUUGUGCUUUGGCUUGGCUAUGUUCUAUCUUCUCUUCUCUCUAUUAAUGAUCAAAGUGAAGAGCAGCAGUGAUCCUAGAGCUGCAGUGCACAAUGGAUUCUGGUUUUUUAAAUUUGCUGCAGCAGUUGCAAUUAUUAUUGGGGCUUUCUUCAUUCCAGAAGGAACUUUUACAACUGUGUGGUUUUAUGUAGGCAUGGCAGGUGCCUUUUGCUUUAUCCUCAUACAGCUAGUCUUACUUAUUGAUUUUGCUCAUUCGUGGAAUGAAUCAUGGGUUGAAAAAAUGGAAGAAGGGAACUCAAGAUGUUGGUAUGCAGCUUUGUUAUCAGCUACAGCUUUGAAUUAUCUACUGUCUUUAGUUGCUGUUGUACUAUUCUUUGUUUAUUAUACUCAUCCAACCAGUUGUUCAGAAAAUAAAGCAUUCAUCAGUGUCAACAUGCUCCUCUGCCUUGGUGCUUCUGUAAUGUCUAUACUGCCAAAAAUCCAAGAAUCACAACCAAGAUCUGGUUUGUUACAAUCUUCAGUAAUUACAGUGUACACAAUGUAUUUGACAUGGUCUGCAAUGACCAAUGAACCAGAAACAAAUUGCAACCCAAGUCUACUAAGCAUAAUUGGGUACAAUACAACAACCACUGUCUCAAAGGAGGGACAGUCUGUUCAGUGGUGGCAUGCUCAAGGAAUUAUAGGACUAAUCCUCUUUUUAUUGUGUGUGUUAUAUUCUAGUAUCCGUACUUCAAACAAUAGUCAGGUUAAUAAACUGACUCUAACAAGUGAUGAAUCAACACUGAUAGAAGAUGGUGGAGCCAGAAGUGAUGGAUCACUGGAGGAGGGAGAUGAUGUGCACCGAGCUGUAGAUAAUGAAAAGGAUGGUGUCACUUACAGUUAUUCCUUUUUUCACUUCAUGCUUUUCCUGGCUUCCCUUUAUAUCAUGAUGACCCUUACCAACUGGUACAGGUAUGAGCCUUCUCGUGAGAUGAAAAGUCAGUGGACAGCUGUCUGGGUGAAAAUCUCUUCUAGUUGGAUUGGCAUCGUACUUUAUGUUUGGACACUGGUGGCACCACUUGUUCUUACAAAUCGUGAUUUUGACUGACUGGGAUGGCUGGCAUGAAAGUCCCACUUUGAUCAUUGCUUAUUUGAAAUUAACAGUAUUUCCAAGUUUUGUAAAGUUGUAUGAGUGUGCUUGCCGUGAAACUUUCCUGUUAUGGCAUGAAUUAGAUUUACCGCUUGCCAUUUUAUCCAUUAUAUUCUUGCCAAGCGCUUUGUUAUGUGUGUUAGACCGAAUCACAAAGGUUUUAUGAGUAUGGUAUUAGAAAAAGUGGACAUUGUUAGGUUUAUCAUCUGCUGUGUACCUGUGAAAAUAAUAGUUAAACAAAACUGCUUGACAAUUUGAUUUUUAAAUUGUGUUAGAACUUUAGCUAUCUCAGAAAUUAUAAAAGUGUAUGGCUGCCUUUUGAAAUACUUGAUGCCUUGUCCUACAGGAAACUGCAAAGAACAUGGUUAUUUAAAAAUUGUAUAAAUAAGUCACUUAAAUGCCAGUUGUUGGAAGUAAGUUUUUCCCUCGAUACGAAGUUAAGAAACUUAUACAGGAGUGUUUCAUAGAUAACGGUGUAGUUUAUGCUGGAGAUUGAGACAGAGCCUUGAAAGAAACUCAAGAUUGGUGUUGAUGGGUACCAAAUUGAAUACUUAGGUAGUAAUCUUUCCUGAGUUAGGGAUGGCCUUCUGUACCAACAUAGUGAACUUGGUUUUGGUCAUUAUAAACACAUGCAAAAAUGUAGGUUCACUGGAGACGCUAGGAACUCUGAAUAAUUUAGACAAAGAUUUUGAUAAUCAUGAAGUAUAAGGAAGUUGUUGAAAAUCACUUUGAAUGUUUGUUUUGAAAAUCAAAGGUGAUAAACUUUUGAUAGGACAAAAACUGCAAAAUAUGAAGCUUCAGUAGAUGGACAAAAUCUAGUCCAGUCCUCUCUUUAAAAAUAAAGCAACAGAAGCACAGACUUAAAUGACUCAGAGAGCUAAUUAGUGGCAAAACUGAGAAGUCCAAAGUCUGCCAGAAAUAGCCUACGUUCUUUCUGGCAUUCAAGAAUAAUUUUUAUUCAGAAUAUAUGCAUAUUAGAUUUUAUACCUCGGAAAUGAUGGAUAAUUUAUGUGAUGUGGAUUACUGAUGUCCAGCUUACCUUCUACCUAUAAACUUAGGCCAGCAGAACGAUGGAAUGCUAUAGAAUAAACUGCUUAUAGUACACUAUACAGUUCAAAAUGCUUUUGUAUUUGCUGCUGUUUCACUAAAAUGUAUUCGUUAUAAUCUUUCAAACUGAAAAUCAAACACUAUGACAUUUAACUUAGAAACUCUUAGUUACUUGUAUGUGUCCUUAGUGUCUUAAUCUUAAAAUAUACACUUGCUUCUUUUACGAUAUUUAUUAAUAUACAUGAAAUGUAACAAUUCAACUUAAUUUCCCAACUUUAUUUUACGUGUUGAUAUUGUGUUCUGUGAUUUGAAUGACUGUGUUUUAUCUCUAAAUAAAUGAAUUUAGAGAAAAUGUGUGGUAUUAUCAACUCAAAUUUACAUGGCUGAAAUAUGCAGACCUACCUGACCAUUUUCUGUCCUGAGUAAUUAAUUUAAAGGUGAUAUUUACCCUCUUGGGUCCUUUGUAAGUAACUCCUGAAGAUGGACAUCAAAGGUAAUUAAAGUGGUGUUCUCCUUGUAAAGAAUUUAUUGGUGGACCAGUUUAGUUUCAAGAAUAUUUUUAUUUCACUUGAUAGAUACUUUAUACCUGCUGUGUCUUCCAGGCAUUUUUUUCUAAGUUGCCAAAUGAUGCUUUGAAUCUCUCUCCACAUAUGUAAAUAAAUCCCUUACUAAAAAAAAAUAUAAUAAGAUGUUCUAUUCCAUAUGCAUAUCACGUUUUAGUACAUUUUAUUUAAUAAUUCAUUUGAAAUGGUCUGAGUUUCUCCAAUAUUAUACACAAGACAAUGUCCAGAAAACUCUUGGGUAUUUAUCCAGAAAAAUAAUGUUAACACAAAAAUCUGUAUAUUAAUGUUCAUAACUUUUUGUAAUAAUCCAAACUGGAAACAGGGUGAAGGCUUAAUCCAGGUAAAUCCAUGUCAUUAAUAAAAAAGUAAACUGUUGGUACACACAAA